UAUUGAAAACAAUGUAUGUUAUUUCAAUCUUUCCAUCCCCUAUGUUACAGUACACCCUCUGCAAUUAUAAUUUUCUUCCGCUAACUCCUUGACUACUAACGAGUUCCUCGUAUGCGUAGAUGACUGCUUGGAUCCUUCUGUUUCUGGUGGGUCUGUCGACGGCAGGACCGUCUUAUCGAGUAUCAGUUCACGAAUUGCUACCACCGCCGCCAUGGGAUUCCAGUCAAACGGAAGCAGACGCUAAGACGAUCAGUGUUCUUUCAUUCCAAAGAGGCGCUGUCGAGAGUCCACCUAUGAUCGACAAUUCGAUAGAACAACCAAUCACCCACGAAGAAUACGGAUCGCAGAGAUACCCUCUGCGCGACGCUGUCGAGGCGUUACCUUCGAAUGCCAUAGACAUUCAUGGCGGCAAUCUGCCUCUGCAAGAUAUCAGGGAACCCGAGGGUCGCCUGCCCUUGAGGGAUGCGGUAGAGCACCGAGAGAAUCCUCCCUUUUUCGACAACGUCGAUUACGAAUCCAUCUGGAUAGAACCUCUGGCACCGCCGACCCUCACUAGGACACAGCAGAUCAUCGAUCCAAAAGUGAUUUGCCAUUUAAACUCCAGCGCGGUUCACAGGAUAGAGCCAUUCUCAUUCUUUCCUCAGUCGGUGCCAGACCACAAGUGCACCCAUUUAAUAUACAAUGCUGCAACGUUAGACCCAGAGAAACUAGUCAUCGUUUCGAGGGAUCCUGAAUACGACGAGAUUAAAGGUGGAUACAAAGCGGUAACGGGACACCGAUCGAGGGACCCAGCUUUACGUGUAUUGAUUUCUAUCGCACCUCCGAACAGAGGAAAACUGUUCACCGAGGCGACCAAGAACCACUGCACUCUUUACUGCGACAAGCUGGCCAAGUCAGUGCUGAGGUUUCUUAAGGAACACGACUUGGAUGGAGUAGAGAUCGACUGGGAGAGCUCGUCAGAGCAUUCGAGCGACUUGAAAUUGCUGCUGAAAGCCUUGAAGAAGUCGCUAGUCGAUCACGAAUACAUCCUUGCAGUGGCUCAGAGGCCCGAGGACCUCGUGGAUCCAGAGAUAACUUCCAUCGCUGAUUUAGUCCUUCUGCGAGCGUGGAGGGAGAGUCCACCGUUCAGGAGGGAGAAAUUAGCCCUUCAUCCAGCGCCUUUGAAGUACGUCGCACGAGCCACAAAUAAGUGGAUCGAUCGAGUUCCACGAGAGCAAAGAUUAAAGAUCGUUCUUGGCCUACCCAUCUUCGGCCAGGGUUACACGCUCAAGUUUGGAAACUUCACCGACACUGGCGCGCCCAUCGUCGGACCAGGCAUAGAGGAUAUUUAUGCUAGGCAAAUUAAUGGGAGACAAGCUUAUUACGAAGUCUGCGAAAAACUAGAAGACGGACAAUGGAUUUCUGGCAGAGACGAGGAGGGACCCUAUAUAAAACGCGGAGAUCAAUGGAUCGGUUACGAGGAUCCUCUGGCGGUGAAAAUCAAAGUGGCUUAUGUUCGAUCGACCGGGCUAGGCGGAGUUUCUUUGUGGUCGAUGGAUUUGGAUGAUUUCCAGGGUAUUUGUGGAAAUCCUUGGCCCAUGCUAAACGCUGCAACCGAAUCGAUAGGACUACACGACGAAGAGGAGGUGAAGAAAUGUUCUACCGAGGGUGUCUAUAGCGAUCCUGACAACUGCUCUGGAUUCUACGCUUGCCAUGAAGGUACACAGUACCAUGGCCACUGCGGUUAUGGAAGAUUCUUCAAUACCGUCGAUGGACGUUGCGUGAAAGCGUCCCCAGAAGUUUGCAAACCGGGACAGAGUAAUCGGAUUCAGAGUCUCCAGAUGGACUCACGAGAGACAGAAGAAUCACAGCACUUAGAAAUCUCCACGAAUAAAGAUCCACGAGUAGUUUGCUACGUGACCUCGUGGUCUUUGUACCGCAAAGGAGACGGAAUGUUCGUUCCUGAACGUUUGGAAUCGCGUUUAUGUACCGACGUUGUUUACGCCUUUGCUGGGCUGAAUCCGGACACGUUGCUGAUUCAACCGUUCGACCCCUGGGCAGACAUAGAACACGAUCUUUACCAACGAAUAACGUCUAUCAAAGGACCAAGGAUACUAUUAGCGAUCGGAGGUUGGACGGACAGCACCGGUGACAAGUAUUCGAGGCUGAUAAACAAUGGCAGCGCGCGUCGUAAAUUCGUAAUAGCGACGAUCAACUAUCUGCAGAAGCAUAAUUUCGACGGGCUUUCGCUCGAAUGGAACUACCCUAAAUGUUGGCAGAGCGACUGCAGAAAAGGUCCGGACUCCGACAAACCAAAUUUUACGAAACUGAUACAAGAACUGAAGAAAGAAUUCGACAGACAGCAGCCUAAGCUUACGCUGGCUGUUGCUUUAUCGGGGUACAAGGAAGUCAUUGACAGGGCAUACGAGGUGCGACAAAUCUCCAAAGCUGUGGACUUUGUGUCGGUGAUGACGUAUGAUUAUCAUGGCGCUUGGGAGUCAAGGACGGGUCAUUUGUCGCCGUUGUUUGGGAGUUCUAACGACAACAAUCCGUAUUACAAUGUUAAUUCCACAAUGGAGUACCUCAUCGAACUCGGCGCGGAAAGAUCGAAGCUCCAGGUAGGCAUACCGCUUUACGGCCAAGCUUAUCGACUGUCCAGCGACGAUCUGACCGGGCUUGGCGAUCCAGCUACCGGUCCUGGAAGUUCCGGGGAAUUCACCAAACAACCUGGUAUGCUGGCGUACUACGAGAUCUGCGACAGAGUGAAGAACAAAGCCUGGAAAAACGGACCCGGGCCUAGUGCUCAUUUCAAGGACCAGUGGGUAGGCUACGACAACGAAGAGAGCAUCUUCGCAAAAGGGCAACACGUACUCCAAAGUGGUUACGGAGGUGUAGCAAUGUGGACCGUCGAUUUGGACGACUUUUCGAAUCGCUGUUGUUUCGAAUCCUUUCCUCUGUUGAAGACUAUUAAUCGCGCAUUAGGCCGAUUGAAGACCAAGCCUGUUAAAAACUGUCAGCGACCAGCAGAGCCAAUAACACCGCAACCUCCAACGAUGACGACUCACAGCGACGCUGUCGAGGACACUCCGCGACCCACCACAGCGAUGGCAAAGCCAACCAUGGGCUCAACUUCGACUCAGAAGACAAGCACGACGACCCAGAGGACAACUUGGCCUAGCUGGUCCGAGAAACCGAGCACCACGACUCAGGGAACAACUUGGCCGAGUUGGUCUUGGAACCCUACGUCGAGUAAACCAUCCACGACGCAGAGCAGCGUUUCAUGGACCUGGACUUCAACCAAAGCGCCCAUUACGAAGCCAACCGUUGAAACAACAGAAGCCACAGAAAAGCCACCGGAAUCUUCGAAGCCUGGGAUGAUUUGUAUGAUCGGAAUAUACCAACCAGACCCUGACAACUGCGGGAACUAUUUUAGAUGCGUCCUAGGCGAAUUGAAACGCGAACAAUGCGCACCAGGACUGCACUGGGACGCCAGACGAGGAAUCUGUGACUGGCCUGCAGCGGCGAAAUGUCAAAUGGGAACUGAUUCUCUGACGCAAAGACCACCAUGGAGCAGUACCGUGAGAAGCACUACCGUGACGACCACUAUGUCGCAACCGAUUCCAUCGUCCACGAUGUCCAGUACGCAAGCGACCACGACCACUAGAAGACCAAUUGCCACGGAGAAACCAAACGGGAGACCCGAAAAGAGUUGCGAGCAUGGCCAGUAUUACCCGUACCCCAACUCUUGCACGAAUUUCCGGGUCUGCGUCAACGGAAAUCUCGUUUCGCAACAGUGUGGGCCAGGGCUGAACUGGAACAAUGAAAGAAGCAUGUGCGAUUGGGCCUUCAAGAACCCUUGCGUCGAGAAACCGAUGAAGAGUGCCUCCCUCGUCGUUUCGAACGCUAAGUCUAACUCGUGCAUUCCUGGCAGUUAUACCAGCGUCCCGGGGGACUGCGAGAGUUACCAGGCCUGUCUCUGGGGUCGUCACGAGAUAUUCCAAUGCGCUCCAGGGUUACACUUCAACAAACAGAGUCGUAUAUGCGAUUGGCCGGCUCGCGCUAAUUGCAAAGACGACCUGGACUCGACCGAGGAUGCGAAUUCGCCGCCGAACCAACCAAUCGACGAACCGAUUUCCUCGACAAACCAGAAACCUUGGGAGCCGAGUACCACUCAAGCCACGACCACCUCACCGUCAGUAGAAAUUGAUCCUGAUGAAGUGUCCCCUCUGUCUGGAUAUUACAAAAUCGUAUGUUACUUCACAAAUUGGGCAUGGUACCGAAGAGGUGUCGGACGGUAUCUUCCAGAAAAUAUCGAUCACACUUUGUGUACUCAUAUCAUCUAUGGAUUCGCUGUCCUGGAUUACUCAGAGCUGACCAUCAAGGCUCAUGAUUCGUGGGCUGAUUACGAUAACCGUUUCUACGAACGAGUUGUAGCUUACAAGAAACGAGGUCUGAAGGUGUUGCUCGCUCUGGGUGGAUGGAAUGAUUCCGCCGGAGACAAGUACAGUCGUCUCGUGAACAGUCCAUCAGCCAGGACAAAGUUCAUCAGUCACGCUGUUCAAUUCUUGGAAAAGUAUAAUUUCGAUGGUUUGGAUCUUGACUGGGAGUAUCCUGUCUGCUGGCAAGUUGACUGCAAGAAAGGGCCAGCCUCGGACAAAGAGGGUUUCGCAGAUUUACUCAGAGAGCUGAGCAACGAACUGAGGCCGAAGGGAUUGUUGCUCAGCGCUGCUGUUUCACCGAGCAAGAAGGUGAUCGACAAGGGUUACGACGUCCCAGCCCUGACCAAGUACUUGGACUGGAUCGCGGUGAUGACUUACGAUUUCCACGGCCAGUGGGACAAGAAAACUGGUCACGUGGCGCCCCUGUAUUACCAUCCGGAUGAUGACUAUUCUUACUUCAACGCAAAUUAUUCCAUCAACUACUGGAUCGCAAAGGGAGCUCCUCGCCGUAACAUCGUUAUGGGAAUGCCGCUGUACGGACAGUCGUUUUCAAUAAACGACCCAAGUGCAGGAACUGGCUUGAACGCUCCAGCUAGCGCUGGACAAGCUGGAGAAUUCACUAAAGCGGCUGGAUUUCUAUCAUAUUACGAGAUUUGCGACAGGAUACGAAAACGUGGAUGGAACGUCGUUCAAGAUCCGGAGAAUAGAAUGGGCCCAUAUGCUUACAAGGGCAACCAAUGGGUCAGCUUCGACGAUAUGGCGACGAUACAACGAAAAGCUCAGUUCGUCAGAGAUAUGGGUCUAGGAGGGGGGAUGGUUUGGGCCUUAGACCUCGACGACUUCCGUGGACGGUGUGGACAAGGCCACCACCCUCUGAUGCACACUCUGCAGAAAAUACUGGCGAACGGUCCUGACUCGGAGAACGAAGCUGUGAAUCCACCGAUAAACCUGGAAGAUUUGGAGGAAAAUUCGGUGACUGUGGCGCAAACCACUGUUACCACGCCACCUGUGCCGACAUCAACUUCGCAAGAUCAAGUGUCGAAUAACGAUGAAUUUAAAGUGAUUUGUUACUUCACAAAUUGGGCCUGGUAUCGUCAAGAAGGAGGAAAAUUCUUGCCGGAGGAUAUUGACACCGACCUGUGCACCCACGUACUUUAUGGUUUCGCUGUGCUCGACGGAUCGCAGUUGACGAUCAAAUCCCAUGAUCCAUGGGCCGACAUUGACAAUAAAUUCUAUGAGAGAAUAGCAGCGUUGAAGUCGAAAGGCAUUAAGGUAUUGAUGGCCAUAGGGGGUUGGAACGAUUCCGCUGGUGAUAAAUACAGCCGUCUAGUGAAUUCGCCGUCCGCAAGACGAAGAUUCAUCGAAAACGUUAUACAGUUCAUCGAGAAAUACGAGUUUGAGGGUUUAGACUUGGAUUGGGAGUAUCCAGUGUGCUGGCAGGUUGAUUGUAAAAAAGGACCAUCAUCGGACAAAGAGGGCUUUGCCAGUUUGGUGAAGGAACUAAGCGAAGCGUUCCAACCGAAAGGAUUGUUGUUGUCCGCGGCGGUUUCGCCGAGUAAACGAGUUAUCGACGAAGGUUACGAUGUACCCACCUUGGCAAGGUAUCUGGAUUGGAUAGCCGUCAUGACCUACGAUUACCAUGGUCAGUGGGAUAAGAAAACCGGUCACGUAGCGCCUCUAUACCAUUUACCCGGCGACUGGGAGCCGACCUUUAACGCCAACUUCUCCAUUCACUACUGGAUGGAAAAAGGUGCUCCAGCUAAAAAACUCGUAAUGGGAGCGCCCUUGUAUGGACAGUCAUUCUCUUUAGCAGAAAGAACUCAAAGGGGUCUCAAUGCGCCAACUUAUGGCGGAGGCGAGGCUGGGGAAGCGACCAGAGCAAGAGGUUUCUUAUCAUACUACGAAAUAUGUGAGAGGACCUUAACAAAAGGCUGGACGGUGGUUCAAGAUAAAGAGAGACGCAUCGGCCCAUAUGCCUACAAAGGUGACCAAUGGGUAAGUUUCGAUGAUGCGAAACAAAUGAAGCUCAAAGCGGAAUUAAUAAAGGACAUCGGUCUGGCUGGUGGCAUGGUGUGGGCCCUCGAUUUAGACGACUUCAAAAACAAGUGCGGCUGCGAACCAAGUCCUCUUCUGAGAACUAUGAACAGAGUUCUGAGAAACUACCCCGACAGACCAUUGUGUCCAAUAACGACUGAAUUUACGACGAUCGACGCUGCUGAAAUCAACACACAGCCACCGACUUCUCAGCAACCGAGUUGGGAGCCAACGACUUCUCAGCGUCCCAAUUGGGAGCCUACAACAUCACAGCGACCCGAUUGGGAGCCUGCGACUUCCGAGCAAUCCAGUUGGGAGCCUAUCACUCCUUCUAAGCCAACUUCUUUUCCGGCAACGUCAUCGUCUACGACUUCAGCCGUUGACAUCGAUGACACCAUCGAGGUAGUGGCUGUCGAUCCACCGGCGUUGGCUCCGCCAGAAGACUGCCAUGGCCGCUUAUUUGUUCCGCACAAGAAGGAUUGCUCCAAAUAUUUCUUGUGCAAUUUUGGUAGACUAACCGAGUACUCUUGCCCGUCUGGUCUUUAUUGGAACGAGAAUCGCUGCGAUUGGCCGGAGAAUACCCGGUGCAAGGAGCUUCAGCGACAGUCAAACGAAUUCCUGCCUAUGAUCGCCAACCAAAAAAAUGACAACAAGAAGAAAGUAAUUUGCUACCUAAUGAAAUGGUCGCGAAAACGACCCAGAGAUGGCCGAUUUAUGCCAGAAGACAUCGACCUGGAUUUAUGCACGCACAUUGUUUACGGCCUAGCUACGUUGGACUCGGAACUGUUCAGGAUACAGAAUCCCCAGAGUAGCAGACAGAAAGAGUUUCUCGAGCGAAUAACGACCAUUAAAAGCAAGACUGGAUUAAAGCUUCUCCUGGGUCUAGGAGGCUGGGAGGAAUCUAAAGAUGACAAAUUCAGUAGAUUGGCGCAUAGCUCGAUCGAACGACAAAGAUUUGCGCGUCACGCUACGCGUUAUAUCGAGAGUCAUGGAUUCGACGGCUUGGAUAUUAUCUGGGAAUACCCAGUAUGCUGGCAGGUUAACUGUAGCCGUGGACCACCAAGCGACCGAGAAGCCUUCGCACUCUUGCUGAAGGAACUAAACGCGGCGUUUCAUCCGAAAGGGUUGCUUCUUUCGGCCGCUGUUUCAGCGAGCAAGGAUGUCAUAGACGUUGCAUACGAUGCCUCAGCUUUAACGAAUUACUUGGACUGGAUAAACGUGAUGAGCUACGAUUAUCAUGGCUUCUGGGAUGGCAAAACCGGUCACGUGGCUCCGCUGUAUCCUAAUUCGAAAGAGGAAAUGAAUCAAUUGAAUGCCAACUUCUCUAUAAUUUAUUGGCUAGAGCGAGGUGUGCCAUCCAGCAAGCUCGUGAUGGGUAUACCAGCUUAUGGACAAAGUUUCACGUUGUCGGAAAAACCACAGACCAAGGAGAUUCCAGGGUUUAAUGUACAAACUUCCGGGCCUGGUCGUCCAGGAGAGUUCACGAAAUCGGCUGGUCUACUUGCCUAUUACGAGAUAUGCGAUAACGCGAAGAACAAACGGUGGUCUGUGACUGAAAAUCCGGGCGGUCGGGUCGGACCUUACAUUACCAAGGGUGAUCAGUGGAUCAGUUACGAUGACGUAUCCAGUAUAUUACAGAAGGCUGAAUUUAUAAAUACCCUAAAUCUCGGCGGUGCGAUGAUGUGGUCUCUGGACAUGGACGAUUUCAGAGGGCGGUGCGGUUACGGUAGAUACCCCUUAUUGUCAGCAGUCAAUCAAGGAAUCAGAGGAAACCGUGAUCCUAGAAUGGACUAUACUUGA